UUUUUCUCAGCCACACUUACUGAGUUACAGAACAGAAGGAGCACUGGACUAGCCGUCUGCUGCUGCUGUGCAGUUCUUUGUGGAGAGUGUGUGUCUUAGUAUUGCUGUCCAUUCAGUGAAGCCAAGUGGAUUGAUCACUAACCAACAUGUGGGCUGCACGUCCACAAAAAGAGCAGGCUCGCCCUGCUCAAGUGGCUAAAUGCUGAGCAUGCUGGGUGAGGCUCUACCGACUACCAGUUGCCUCAAUCUGGUGACCUCUGAAGUUUCUGACACCACAGCGGCCCCGGACGCACACGACGGUAUCAAGAUGGCCGACCUUGUGGAGAGCCUGGAUACCAGAGAGCUGGACAUGGGGGAGGGAGAGGAGGUCGACUAUGAGGGAAACUUAGGGGACUGUCGUAUCCCAUUUUCAGCGGUGUAUGCCACAGUGGGCUUUAAAGAGGCCACCGCUACGGUAUACCUCCCCACUGUGCCCAUCACUGCUCGGAUCCUGGAGGUGGAGAGAUUCACCACCGCACAAGACCGCUUCAACCUGUCGCACCACAGGAGUGUCAACAAGUCUCUGCCAGCAGUGUUUAGGAUUGAGCUGAAGCAUGGUGAGUUUACCUGGGUGGUUAAGAGGAAGGAGAAACAUUUCAUGGAGCUGCACAGAGAGCUGAGGACCUACAAGACAUUCAUGAGGAUACCGCUGCCAUCGCGUAGCCACACAGUUAGGAGAAGGACAGUGAGGAAGAGUGAGGUGAGGGAGAUGCCCUCCCUGCCGAGGGGAGGGGGAGACGAGCUGGUGCGAGAUGAGCAGGUCUCCAGCAGGAGAAGGCAAUUAGAAGACUAUUUGAACAAGCUGCUGAGGAUGGCCAUGUACCGCAAAUAUCACCAUACUAUGGAGUUCAUUGACAUCAGCCAGCUGUCCUUCAUUCAUGACUUGGGGCCCAAAGGACUGGAAGGGAUGAUCUAUAAACGCUCAGGUGGACAUCGUAUCCCUGGCAUGAACUGCUGUGGUCACAGCCAGGCCUGCUACCGCUGGUCCAAACGCUGGCUGGUGGUGAAGGACUCAUGCUUGCUGUACAUGAAGCCAGACUCAGGAGCCAUCUCCUUCGUCCUGCUGGUGGAUAAAGAGUUCAGCAUCAAGAUGGAUUCCAAAGACACAGAGACCAAACACGGAGUCCGGGUUGAUAGCCUCUCCAGGACCCUGGUGUUUAAGUGCAGCAGCUACAGACACGCACGCUGGUGGGGUCAAAGCAUCGAGAGCUUUGUGAGAAAUCAUGGGAAGGCUUUCCUCCGAGACCACCGCUUCAGAUCAUUUGCACAGGAACAGGAAAACAUCCCCGCCAAAUGGUAUGUGAAUGGAAAGACUUACAUGGAGGAUGUAGCUGAUGCUUUGGAGGAGGCUAAAGAGGAAAUCUUUAUCACUGAUUGGUGGCUCAGUCCAGAGAUCUUCUUGAAGAGACCUGUAGUGGAGGGCAACAGGUGGAGGCUAGACUGUACCCUUAAACGCAAAGCACAACAGGGAGUGCGCAUCUUUGUGAUGUUGUAUAAGGAGGUGGAGCUCGCCCUGGGCAUCAACUCAGGCUACAGCAAGAGGACCCUCUUGCACCUGCACCCUAACAUCAAGGUGAUGCGUCAUCCAGACCACGUCUCCUCCUCCGUCUAUCUGUGGGCGCAUCACGAGAAGAUCGUUGUCAUUGACCAAUCAGUGGCCUUCGUUGGCGGGAUCGACCUGGCAUACGGUCGCUGGGACGACAGAGAGCAUCGGCUGACAGAUGUCGGCAGUGUGACGCGGUCUGUGGCCCUGGAGCAGGCUGCCUCCACCAACACUCCGUCCAGUAAGGGUGUGUCCUCUGUUGAUGGCGUCUCCAAGAGCAAUGGACGAGGGACACCGCACAGUGAUUCGGUGGACUUGCCCAAGCUGAAGGGGAUUGGACGCACUAGGAAGGCUCGCUUCAGUCUGUACAGACACCUGCACAUGCACACUCUGCAGCAUGCAGACAGUGUCAGCAGUGUCGACAGUGCAGGGAGUGGUUCAGUGCAAAGCCUAAAGACAGGUGUUGGAGAGUUACAGGGCAAUACGCGCUUCUGGCAUGGAAAAGACUACUGCAACUUUGUCUACAGGGACUGGAUCCAGUUGGAGAAACCUUUUGAUGACUUCAUCGACAGAUACACAACUCCCAGAAUGCCUUGGCAUGACAUCGCCUCAGUGGUUCAUGGCAGAGCUGCCCGGGAUGUGGCCAGACACUUCAUUCAGCGCUGGAACUUCACUAAGAUUAUGAAGCCAAAGUAUCGCUCUCUGUCUUAUCCAUUCCUGCUGCCCAAGUCUCACUCCACUGCCAAUGAGCUCAGAUACCAAGUCCCUGACUGUGUUAAUGCCAAAGUGCAGGUGUUGCGGUCAGCAGCAGAUUGGUCGGCAGGCAUAAAGUACCACGAGGAGUCCAUCCACAAUGCCUACAUACAGGUCAUCGCUAAGAGCAAACACUACAUCUACAUAGAGAACCAGUUCUUCAUCAGUUGUGCUGACAACAGGACGGUCUACAACAAGAUCGGAGAUGCCAUCAUCGAAAGGAUCAUCAGAGCACACAAGGAGGGUAAGAAGUAUCGUGUGUAUGUGGUCACCCCUCUGCUUCCUGGCUUUGAGGGAGACAUCACCACAGGAGGAGGGAACGCCAUCCAGGCUGUCAUGCACUUCAACUACAGAACUAUGAUCAGAGGAGAAUACUCCAUCAUCUCCCAGCUGAAAAAGGAGAUGGACGACCACUGGAUGAACUACAUCUCCUUCGCUGGUCUGCGGACCCACGCUGAGCUGGAGGGACGCCUGGUAACAGAGCUCAUCUACGUCCACAGCAAGAUGCUCAUUGCUGACGACAACACUGUCAUCAUCGGUUCUGCUAACAUCAACGACAGAAGCAUGCUGGGUAAACGUGACAGCGAGGUGGCAGUGAUUGUUGAGGACUCUGAAAAGGUUGCUGCAGUGAUGGAUGGACAGGAGUAUGAAGCUGGACCCUACGCACUUCAGCUCCGCCUUGAUUGCUUCAGGACUAUCCUUGGAGGCCACACUGACACCAGUAUUGACCUGUCUGACCCCAUCAGUGAACGCUUCUAUAAGGAGGUGUGGAUGACCACAGCUGGUCGCAAUGCCACCAUUUAUGAGAAGGUAUUUCGUUGCCUUCCUUCGUCCCUGGUGAGGAACAUGUCCGAGCUGGAGCAGUACCAGUCCAAACCAGGUUUGGCCCAGACUGACCUGGCCCGCGCUCAGGAGGAGCUGCGCAAAAUCCGAGGCUUCCUGGUCCAGUUUCCUCUGGACUUCCUAUCUGAGCAGAACCUCAUGCCCUCUGUUGGAACGAAGGAGGCCAUGGUCCCAACUGAGAUCUGGACAUAAAGGACGUACCACCACUGCCAGCCACUUACACAUCUGAAUAUAACUGUUUCUUGAGGAUCUUGAGUGCAGUAUCUGGAUUGUGGUUGUCAUCACAUGUGUAAUAUUGGAUUUGCAAGAGAUUGCCUUUAAUCCAGAUGAGAGGCAGUCUCCUCUGGAUUGAUACCACUGCUGGGCAUUGACAAAUCUCUCAAAUCUGUUUCUACUGUAAAACACUAAACAGUAUAGCUUAUUAGGGUAAGCACUAAGUUUUGGGAUGUAUGAAGGACAAAAAGACAUUGCACUUGAGGACAACAUUUAUAACUGCAUUGUGACUGCAUUCAAGCUGUGGAGAUGAAAAAUAGGCACAUGUACUUUGGGUUUUGGGAAUCAAACUCAACUCCGGGCACUUAGACUUCCGGGCUGUUGGAAAAGCUCACAAGACAGUGAGGAUUUCUAAGGGACCAGGGUGAGGCGGUAGUAAAUCUUUGACAAUGACGCUAACAAAUAUUCAGCUUCGAGUUAAAAUUAUCACAAAAUACACAGCGAUGGUGAUGCAUGUAAUUUACUGAGUUUGUGGUGUAUGCUCUUAAAGUGCAUUAGUGCUAUGUAUGCUGUUUAUGAGCUCGCAGAAGAGUUGUUGAGCUGCUUUAGAUUAGUUUAAAAGCUAGUUAUCUCAGCUGCAUCUUGAGGAUCUUUUCUGUAAAACAAAUCCAAAACAUGCGAUUGCUCUUUACUGUGCAGUACCUGCACAGACAAUUUUACUGAUUCAUCAGUGGUGCAUGAUUUUCUAACUGCUAUAUGCUUUUCUAAUUGCUAUAAUGCAUGUACCAAUCACAUCUCUGAAAACCCUUUCAGAGACAUAUGUCCUGUCAAACGUGUUUUGUGACAGAUAAUUAUCAGACAUGAGGUCUGAACUUUAUUGCUGAAAUCAAAGUGAACUGCGUUGAGCUGACCCAGAUACAAAAGCUAUUUCAACUCCGUUAUCAUACUGUGUUCAUAAGGGUGAGUAGAACAUUAUUAUGGCUGAGGGUGUUGGAUCAAAGGCUACAGUGUAAAAUGGUUGUGCCAGUGGCCAACGUCAGAGGGUGGAUGAGACAAUCGGCCCACAAAUUCAAAUAAGUAAUUUCCUCUUUGCUCAACAGAUGGUGCUAGCUUCUUAAAAAUACAGUUUGUGUACAGUUCUUCAGUAGUCCAAGAUGGGCCUUUCAGUUCUCCCAGCUAUUUCUCUCCGUCUUAUGGCUAAGGCGUUGUUAAGUGUAGAAACAGUCUUUGAAACAAUGUAAUAAUAACAAAUAAAAACAAUAUUUUCCAUAUAGCAUGCAAGUGAUGCCAGAGGCAAAGCCUUCAUAUGAAGAUACAGUUUGAAAUCGCCUGUUAUGUUUCCAGUUUCCUGGCAGUUCCAUUGAUUUUCUUAAUGGAGCUUUUUACUCGGAGUGAAAAUAAAAUCCUCCCUCAAAGCAUUUCAUUUUUUUGUAAAGUAACACAGCCUAAAUCUGUCAAGGGGAAAUUAAGCUUUUCUAGGGAUUCUUAUUGUAUGUGACCUAUGUGGCAGUUGUCGUUAUUUGUAUGUGUGAAUGUAUGGACUCUAUGUUACCUGUUUGUUUUAAUUGUUAAUAUUUGUCACAGUAUCUUGCUCGAUCACUAACCUCCUUUCAAUGUGAAGUUGAAGUACCACGCCUAUAAUACUACACCUAUUAAUCAUUUCUUUCAUUUAAUUUGGCAGAGAGCCUCGGUUUCUAAGAACAAGCCUCUGACUGUUUAUUAAUAUGUUGGUGUCUAUAUUACACACCCAACAUGUGAAUGGCAUUCAUUAAACCGAAGCAAAUAACAACUGCAUUGUAUGGGAUCUGAUAAUGAAAUAUUGACUUUUAAAAUGGGACCAGAAAAAUUGACAAAUGGUCAUAUAAUUGAUAAGUUUGGAAACAUUAUGUUCUUUGUUUCUACGAAGACAAAACAUUCAAACAAUAUUGUCUGUUUGUUUGCCCCUUGCUGUAUUUUUCAGUGCAUCAUUUAUGGAAUAUAAAUCAUUUAACAUUCUUUAAACAUUUAGUUUUAAUUUUAAAAAUUUUAGUUUUUAAAUGUAUGGCAUGGUUGUGGAUUUAUCACUAAACCUCUGUUUCUUUAUCAUAACCAUCAUGCAGCACUCUUGUCUGUCAACUAUCUGAACCCCUUGGCCUCAAUUUAGCUGGUCUUGCUUCCACUCUGUUCAUGUACAAUAUUGUCUUUGUACAGUUGAAAGUAUUACUAAUUUCUGUCUGUUCAUUUAACAAAAUGUAAUUCAUAAUUUAAAUGGCUAACAAAUAAAAUAAUCUUUGGAAUUUUCUUUUAUCCCAUUGAAAUAAUGUCAGAAGUGAAGUACAGUACAUUGGCAUCAUAAUGGCGUGUGUUUGGAGCUAGCCAUACUGCAAGGCUGUUCCAGUUUGAGGCCGCCAUGUAUUAACCAUUUUUAUAUUUGAGAUUUUGCAUUCACUCAAACAUCUACCUCACUCUCUGAAAGAUAAAUACAAGCCAAACAAAAACUUUUAUGUCCAACAACAAUCUUCAGUUUGUUGCACAACAAAGACGUUUAACCUGUUACUCAAGUCCUCCUGUUUAGCCUUUUUAGAUGGCAGCGAACACAUUUUGUGACACAUCAGCAAGAGUUUUAGUUUCAUGUCUGUAUAUCAAUCUUAUUGUGAAUAAUUUAAGGUAUAUUUCAGAUAUAAACAAUAUAUUGUUUUGCUUUGUAAAAAUUAGCAAGGAGAUGUUACUUCCAGCUGCUAUCUUGGUAUAGUUUGAGAAACAAGUUAAUGUAAACACUUCUUCUUUAUUAAGUUUUCUUUAGAAAAUAUUUUCAUUCUAGUUGAUGUCUCAAAUACAAAAGCUAUGAUAAAAGACAGUUGCAUCAGCAGUUUAAAUGGGAAUAGGAAAGACUGUAAUGGGGUGUAUGUGAUAGUAUAACAGACCCUCUGGUUUUAUAAAUUAAAAAGUAUUAAAAUGUAAAAUUACUGUAAUGGAAAUUGUUAUUGUAUUUUGCUGCUUAGAUUGUAGUGCAUACAAACAUGAAGCCGUUGAUUCCAAUGAAAUCCACUGCCAGUGCCAGUUCUUAUGUAACAUAACUAGGGAGGGUGCUGCAGGUGAUCUUCAUUUUUGUGGAAAACCCCAAAGAACAUUACAGAGGCAUGCCUGUAUGAGAACUGGAAAGUCAGAGGAUGAAUUCUCUAGAAAAGUACUUACACCUGAGAGCAGCUGUCUUUGAUUAAAUAGAAUUCAUUUGAAUUAUUUUCUUUGUGUACAAAAGAAAAGGCCUUUCAAUUGUAGGCCUGCUAGUUGUUUAAUUCUCAGUUGACAAUUUAGAUGUUGUUGGAAAGCAGUUUAUCAUGUUUAGAAAUGUAUUCAUGCACCAGGUAUUUGCACUCUAACUAGUCAACAGAUAUGGGCUCCCACUGCACGGUAAGAAUAGUUCCAAUCACUACUUCCACUCUUCAACUCAACUGUCAUUUCCUCGACCAUAAUGAGGAUAGGAAUAUUAUCUUGUGCAGAAUAAUUUGUAAUCUGUCAGGUGGGGAGUGCUCAUUGUCAUUAAGAUGUUGUUUCAUCUUGAAUGUUAUUUUUGAUGAUAUGUUUGAUUUGAAUUUGUGUAGUUGCUGUACUGGAUUACAUGAUAUUGUUGGUGUUCAAGGUGUCAACCCCUAUGACUUAUAGUGUGGUGAACAAAAAGUGUUUAUAGAAUUAAAUUGUUUUAUACAUAAA